GUUUGCCUUUCAACAGAUCAAUCAUAGCAUCCUUUCAAUUGCGUAAUCCCAUUUAGUCAUGUCAACGAGGGUCAACUGUGAGACAUCUGUCCACCAGGUGGCGCUCUAAUUUAAGUGUACAAUACAGAAGGAUGACAGUCAGUGUAAUAUCAGAAAAUAGCAACACACACACACACACACACACACACACAGUAUAUAAGUAUAUACAGUCCUUGCAAUAACUCAACGGAAACUGUCGGCAACAAAAGCGCAUUACACCCCUAAGUGAAAAUGUCAAGUGCCACUGCGUGUAUAUACUGCAUGUAUGCAAGUACUGCAGUAUAUGUGUGUAUUUGUAUACACGGUAUGUAUGCAUAUACUGCAUAAAACAAUAUUGAAGAGAUUAUUAUUAGUGUGUAUUCACCCCCACAAUAAUUCUGAUUCGGUUCUCUCCCUGAUGGAUGUGCGUCAUCUGAGACUCAAAAGAGGGAGUUUCAUCCCAAAAGUGAUCUAAUCAGGCUAAUAAUAAAAGGCCAUUAAUCAGCGUCAGUCUGUUGUGCGUGACAAACAAAGCAAAAUGUGUGAGCCACCCGCGUGCGGAGUGGAAACGACCCACUCGAGAGGAGGUGAGUGGCCUCUUUGUUUGGCCCCAUAAACCGCCUGCAACAAAUAAACCGGCUGACUCCUAAUCUCGCCCAAUACGCAAAGCCGCGAACAACAAAGGAGAGGCCGGAUCCGUUCGGACGGAACUCGACCCUCUCGGGCCCGGCGGUCGGCCGAUGACACGUCGGUGCCAUCGCUGCUGGGAAGGAGUGGGCGGACCGGGGGACUCCUGCUCCGGGGGAGUCAGUCGCUCAGCAAGAAAAUCGCUCGGAUUAUCUGCCUGAGGAGCUCACGACUUGUCACAGAAAGAAAAGUCUACCGGGAUCACCUGUUGGAGCUGUGCAGGAAGCGAUGGCGUUUACAGGACCGCCCAAAGGAUGCGGGUCCAGCAUUGGCUCCAUAUACUACAACCUGUGCGACCUGACGGCGGCGUGGGGGGUGGCGGUGGAGGCCGUGGCCGCCGCAGGCGCGGUGACCUCCUUCGUCCUCUUCGUCAUCCUCAUGGCCUGCCUGCCCUUGGUGACGGACGAGAAGAGGAAAGCCACUGUGGCCCUGCAGGCCGGGGUUCUGGUUUUCACCCUGGGACUCUUCGGUCUGGCCUUCGCCUUCGUCGUGGGCCGCUACUCGGCCAGCUGCGCGGCGCGGAGGUUCCUCUUCGGCGUCCUGUUCGCAGGAUGCCUGGCCUGCCUGCUUAUGCACGGGCUGUGGCUCGUCCUGCUGCAGAGGCGGGGCCGCGGGCCCAGGAGCUGGACGCUGUGCCUGGGAGCGCUGGCGCUCUGGUUGGUGGAGGUCAUCGUCAACACCGAGUGGCUCCUCAUCACGGGGGUCCGCAAUCCGCCGGCCGCUCGGGACGCUUCCGAGCCGUCCUGCGGCUUUGACAACCGGGACUUCGUCAUGGCGCUGAUCUACGUGAUGGUCCUGCUGCUCGGCGCCGUGCUGACGGCCGUGCCCUCGCUGACGCACAAGGGCCGACGGUGGCGCAGGGACGGAGCGUUCGUCCUGGUCACGGGCCUCCUCACCGCGGCCAUCUGGGCGGCUUGGAUCGCCAUGUACGUCGGCGGGAACCGAGCGGUGGGAGACGACGGCUGGGACGAUCCCACCCUGGCCGUGGCCGUGGUGUCCAACGCUUGGGUGUUCCUUCUCCUGUACGCGGUGCCGGAGAUCUGCUUACUGACGCAGCGGGACGCGGACUUGGAUCCUCCCCACGACGGCGACCACAUCUACCCGCCCAGGAGCUUGGCGUACGACAACGUUCGCAAGGAGCCGGAGCCUGCCCACCAGACGGUGUACCUGGAAAAUAAAGCCUUCACAAUGGAGGAGCCUCCAACAGAGCCUUCAAAGCCGGUGUCGCCGUACGCCGCUUACAACGGUCAACUGCGAAGUUGCGUCUACCAGCCCACCGAACUCGCCCUGAUCGCCAAGGGUCUGACCAAGAUGGACCAGGACGCGAUGAUGCGGCGCGCCUCGACCUCGUCUUUGAACACGGUGGGAAGCGGCGGCGGCUCACUGCAUCGCUUGGUGGGCUCCUUGGCCUCUUAGCAACCAUAUCGCACGCACGCACGCCCUUCAGAGCGGCCUGCUUGCUUUCACUAGCUUGCUGUGAUGAAUGGCUACUCUUUGCUUCUGUGUGUGUGUGUGUGUGUUUUUUUUUUAUAUAUAUAUGAAAUCCCGAAGUGGAAACUUUGGUUUUUGUUUUUCACCAGGGACAUUUUGUACAUGUGCUGCAUGGUAGUUAUUAUUCAUUAGUUAGGAUUGCUACAUUAAUGAGGUUAUGAUUUUGUUGUUGUUUUCUUGUUAUAAAAUGUACUCGCUGUGGAGAAACAGGCCUUUGUUUGUAGGAUUAUGGUGUUAAUCUCAUUUGCCUUGAACACAUUAUCCUGUAGUGCCUUGAAAUAAUAAACUACGUAAUAUCCACACAAAAAGUGUUCAUUUUAAAAGCCUCUGCGAGAGUUGUUGGCACACGUCGAGAGAGAUCAUUUUGGUACACCUGCACAUUAUAGUGAAAUCAGAAAUUCUGCCUAUAUGAAGAUUAACAUAAAGGUUUCCCACCUUAUUGAAAGGUGUCUCUAAUAUUUUUUUUGCAGAUCAGUAUGAAGCAUUGUGUUAUUCAACAUUGCGUCGGCAGUUGCCGGUGGCAGAGCCGCGUGAGGCAUGAUGCGAUCUGUCAUUUGCAUAUGUCGGCUUGAUAAACUUUCCACUGGCACUGGCAACGACAACCUGGCGACAAAAAGCCAUGCAAUCUCUGCCACUGAUGGGACGGCCGGAGGGGGCAUUAUUGUUUUCGGUUGUUGUUGUACAACAAUGCGCUCUUAUGAGGACAUUGCGAUUUGGUCGAAUGGAGCAGCAGGUUGGUUACACAACAAGCAGAGUGGGUUGCAAGUUGUGCACACCCACAAAAGUGAGCUUUUGUAGAAACAAUAAGAACUGUUUAUAAAUGUUUUCAGGUACAUUCUUGAAAAACUUUUGCUGUACAAUACAUUUUAAUGGAGUCAUUAUCGUAAAGUGCAGUGGUGCUUCAAAUUAUGCUU